AUGGAUGAAGAAUCAAAGCAGUCUGUUGGAAUUUUCGUAUUCUUGAUUUUCGUGCUUGUGGGUCAUGUGGCUUGCUGGAUUGCAUCAGCAGUAAAGGCUGUGAUAGAUAGGAAAGCCCGUCGGCGUAAGGCGAAAGCAUCCAAGGAUGGUGCAUUGUUGGCGGAGGCACGUCCAAAAGAGUUGGAGGACGAAGAGGAACAAAGCAACGUAGAGCCAACGAAAGUAGGGAACGGAGGACCUAAGUUUGCCAUCUCCAGGCCUCAGUUAAAUUCCACUUCCACAGGUAGAGCCAAUGGUGAACAUCACUUUCCCAAGUGCCCCAAGAGACUGCUGUCUGCUGGAAACGCGAAGCGCGUCAGUCCUGAGGAAUUGGCUAUCAUGCUCGACAGCUAUGCCAUUCAAAAGCCGGAGGUACAGCAAGUCGACUCUGCAGCACGGUCACCAGCUCGCCCGACGGCCAAAGGAAUGCCAACAUCGAAUGUUGGUACUGUUAAUGUCUGA